UCGGUGCAAAAGGAGGACGUGUUAUUAUUCUGUGUGUGGAAAACCACGCCCUUUUUUGGACAUUUUUAUAGACACGUGUUUCUAUCAGGACACAUCCUGUCUUCAGUGAGAGAAAGCCCGCAACAACACCCUUUUUGGACACGUCAGGACACCAGGACACGCCCCAAAACAAAACCUCAGGGGCUACUACACUCGGGAUGAGUUGUGGUGCGUGAACAUGACAGCCUUGUAUGCAUGGGGAGCCAAUAGCCACGGGCAGUUAGGCCUGGGCUAUGUCAGUGAGCAGGUGACUCAGCCUACACGAGUAGAUGACCUACCAGACAACAUAAGUGAACCUUCAAUAUGUACAGCAGUUGGUGGGGGAGGUCACACCUUUCUGUUGACAGCUCAGGGACGACUCUUUGGCGCUGGAUGGAAUACCAGUGGGCAGGUUGGAGAUGGGACACAAGUACGCGCAGUAGCAGGAUUUCAGCUCAUACGAGGCCUGGAGGGUCAUCACAUGGUAGCUGUGGCUUGUGGCUGGGCCCACUCCAUUGCCCUUAGUAGAUCUGGCCAAGUGUGGGUGUGGGGCUCAAAUAGUCAUGGCCAACUUGGGCUGCCAAAGGAUGAGGUGCCUUUUACAAGCCUUCCAAUUUGCUUGGACCUAAUGAAUGUGGUGAGUGUGUCAGCCGGCCUGCGCCACACAGCAGUUGCUACGAGGGAUGGGAGAGUGUACACUUGGGGCCAAGGUCACCGGGGCCAGCUGUUUCAUGUGUAGCCUGUGGUCAGAAUACUACCUACGGGCUGACGACAGAGGGACAUGUCCUUGCAUGGGGUGACAACAAGUGGGGGCAACUUGCUCACGAUCCCAGGAAUGUAGCCUACUUUACCUGCCCACUGACCAUCCCUCAUAACUAUUUUGGUGGGGAGCGUGUGGUUUGGCUGCGGGUGGGCUGGACCCACUGCGUUGUGGGUGUGGCCUCAGGUGCUGUCUAUGUAUGGGGCAGGGCAGACUAUGGGCAGCUUGGUCCCUUGGAGGAUGAGCAACAAGACUCCAGCUCAGACACGACUGGUAAUGAAGUUCCUCAGAAGCGUUGCAGAUAUAUACCAAGCUGCUUAAGGUUCAAGAAGCGUGUUAAAGGAGUAGCAUGUGGUUCUGAACACAACCUAGCUAUGAUCGAAGGACCUGGGGAUGGCAUCUCCCUCUUCACUUGGGGUUGGAAUGAACAUGGAAAUUGCGGAGAUGGAACAACAACUAAUGCCCUGCGCCCUGCAAAAAUUCAGGUGCCUGGGAAUUUGCAGGUCAUUGGGGCAGGGUCAGGACAUUCUUUUGCCCUUGUUAAACUUUUUUGACAUUGCUGAAUGUAAGAAAGAUAGAUGCUUGUAUUUUUAAAAAUGUUUGUAGGCAAGAUUACUUUUUAUCAACAACAAAAGUUGAGCCUAGUAGAAGCAGACCAAAUAUAAGAAAAAGUUGUAGUAGGAAAUAUAAAGGGCUUCUACAUACUGAAAACCUACAGUUUAUAUUAUCUUCUCUGUGUGAUGAAAUAUAUUUAGUUUGAACAUUUUGGCUCCCCUGUGCCGUUUUUAUUAUUAAGGAACGAGUGUGCAAAAUCCCAGUGCAAAAGUGAAUCUUUCCUAGAAGAAGAAAAGAAAAAAUGAAAAGGACAGAGAAAGAGUAAUAUACACUUACUGACAGAGUUUCAAGGAAGGCCUGAGCAGCAAAAAACUUAGUUGGAAUACCAAUAUUGUAUGAGAUUUAGUAGAUUAUAAGACAUGUAUUGCAGCUUUACUGUUAACGUUACCAGGCAGACUCCAAAUAACAAAUAAGAUUUAUGUUGCUUUACAACAUGUAUUCGAUUAGUGAGUGAAAAAUACAAGACUGCUUUAUGCAUUUUAUAAAACCUAUGAGAAUGUACUCCUGAAAUGAAUGACAAUCAAUAACAUACCCAUCAUCAGUCUAACAGUUUAUUUGUACUUUUUUUUAAUAGAAACAUCAAUAGUGCUGCUGUUUACAACCUAGUUCCAUUAAUGUAGUUGCAGAGAUUUAAGAAACUUUACAGUGAAAUAAAUGCACCAAAGUUAUUAAAGCCUUGUCAGCCAUGAGUCUUUCCAUAUGUAGAAAAACAGUAAGUGAUGUAUAGUAACAUAAUUUGGUUGAAAAUACUUUUAUUGUUGUUACAGUCAUUCUCUAAUUUUUAAAAGGAAAUGUCUCUCCUCUUAACAGAAGUCUUCAUAAAGAGAGAAUUGUUGUUAUUGAGCAGCUUCUAGCCAUUGACAAGAGUUUGAGAUAAUCUGAUGCUUCUGGUUUUUAUUUGGCUUGUGCAGUGUGCAUUGCUGUUUUUUUUAUAUAUAUGUAUGUAUUCUAGUAUCCCAAAAAGUGCUUUAUGAAUGAGGCAAAUAUCUAAUAUUUUGUAUUUUGGAAUAUUUUGGAAAAGUUUCAAAUGUGAAACUUUUCUUAUAAUUUUUGAGGCUCACACAUAUUUGGAUGGCAAAAAGGGACAGAAAGCUAACAUUGUAAAAUUAUAUGUGUAAUAAGAAAUGAGUGAUAUCAAGUUUCCUAAAAAUAUUCUUUUAUAAGUUUAGGGAUUCAUAACAUGCUGCCUGGGGACUUCUGAGUGAGUGCUCAAAGAACAUUUGUAUUUGAUGCAGUGAUGGAUUUUCCAGAGUGUUCACUGUAAAUGGUCCUUGCACUGUAAUUAUAAUGAUUCCUAAUCAGUCUUACCUCUCUGAUAAUGAAGAUAAGUUAAUGUGAUUUAGACAAUCAAAAGCUGUUGUUUUCAGACCAUGUAAAAUCCACACAUAUGAAUCAGGUGGUUUACUCGAGAUAAGAGAAGAGGAAAAGAAAAGGAUAAAACUGUAGCUUCAAGUAGUAGUGCUGUUAAAUACUGAUGCAUGUACUCAGGUUUUAAUGACUUUCAUGGUCAUGCUUAAAAUGAACAUUUUUCAACACUGCUCCAUUAUGUGUAUUGUUCAUAAGAACAACAACUUUUUAUUUAAUUGUAAAGGCACUAGCAGUGAUUCAUUUCAAUUAUUAAUGACAAAAACAAUAUAAUUGUGAGUUUGUACUUACUCCAAAAUUUAGGUAAGUUGAGGUACUUUACCAUGGGUAUAGGAUUUGUGUGAAAAAGGUUUUGCAGACAUCUGUUAACAAGGAAAUAAAAGUUCUGGAACUGAAAUUACAUCCAUGACACAUUUUUUGCAAUCUGUGAAUAUAUCUCUUAAUGUGGAGGAUACAGUUACAAAUGAACAUCUCCAAGCAGAACAGCUUUUGAGUAUUAUUUUGUGAUGCAAUUGUAGUUUGCAUGAUAAAGUAUCAUAAUCAUGUCUGUUGGAGAGCUAUAAAU